GCCCAACAUACAAACGACUUGGAUCAUGAAAAGGAAGGGCCCCACAGUUGUAAGAGGAAGAGCGGGAAGCAAAGGGGGGGAACAUGACAAAGGGAAGUCAUCCCUUGCUUUUGCGGAGGUGCUGGGGCAAGGUUUCAACUGAAAAGCCUUCCUCCCUUUUUUUCUCUCCUCCUUUUCUCUUCCCAUCCAAGAAAGGUGAGAAAGAAAGAGAAAAAGAAAGCGAGUAAAAGAGAUGUUGCAAAAACACCACUCCAGAUCAUCUUACAAAGAUACCAUCAAAGGCCUUGAGACUGACAUACAGCAUGCCAAUUCAUUGGCAGCUGCUAUUCCAAGAGUCUGUGGUGGGGCAUGCCUUCAGAUGAGGUUAUCUUACAGCCCUUUUGCACCCAUAUUCCUUUUUUUCAUCCAGUGGAUGGAUUGCAGCUGUACAUAUGAACUUCCUAGUUAUUUGGGCCUUCUUCACAUACUUGUAUACAAGGUACAUGUCGAUGGGAAGACAGCUAUAUCUUCCAAUGAAAGGAAAGCCAGCCUCAGGGAGUUCUAUGCUGUUAUAUAUCCUUCUCUUCAACAACUUGAAGGCGACUUAACAGAACUGGAGAGUACUAAGCAGAGAGAUCGAUGUACGGAGAUGUUUAGCGGGAAGAGGGUGGAAGAGAGGAGGCAGAUAUCUGACAGGGAUUCGGAGAGAGACGACGAGUGUGGGAUUUGUAUGGAAGCUUGCACCAGGAUGGUCUUGCCUGACUGCGGCCACGCUAUGUGCAACCGCUGCUACCAUGACUGGAAUACACGAUCGCAAUCAUGCCCCUUUUGCAGGGGUAGCCUAAAGAGAGUUAAUUCCGAUGACCUUUGGGUUCUCACCAGUAACGGCGAUGUCAUUGACCCAGCAACUCUAGCAAGGGAGAACCUUAGGCGUUUCUAUAUCUACAUCGAUGGCCUGCCUCUCACAAUGCCAGAGACAUUUUUCUAUGUAUAUGAUUAUAUAAUCUGAUCUGUGGAGAAGAGAAGGCGGUUGUAGAUAAAAAGCCGACAGCCCCCUCCCCCUCGUAGGUAGUGUCUGGCUUGGAGAAUUCACAUGGGUCCUUGUUCUUUCGAGAGAAAUAAAUGGGAUGGUGUAGUUGCCUGGAGUUUGUGUGAUUGUAUAUAGUAACCUCAUCUCCUGAAAUGAAUUCGGAUUUGCCCGUGUUUUACUGAAGGAAAUUCAAAGAGCAUGCAACUGAAGCUUCAGGGGAUUAGUAUGCACAGAAAGCUAUGUAUAUAAUGUAAGAUGUGUACUCGACAAGGUAUGCUUAGCAUUCACUCUCGGUUUAUUCGAAACCUGAGAAUUAGAAGAAUACUGUCAAGGCAGCCACAGUAACAAUUGAAUUUUACUAUCAAUGUAUAUACCCUACAAAUAUUUCUUA